AUGAGCUCUAUUAUAGCGGACGAUGCUUGGGAAGAAAGAUGGAAAGAAGGUAGAACAGGCUGGGAUGAGUCUGCUUCUCAUCGAUCUUUACAAUCACUCCUUGAAUCGCCUAUAGCCGAUCAGUUGGAUAUACCGAAGAAAGGGAGAGCUUUGGUACCUGGAUGCGGAACGGGUUACGAUGUGCAUAAUUUCGCACGAAGGGGACUGAAUACCACCGGCUUAGAUCUAGCUCCUACAGGGGUCGAAAAAGCUAAGCAAUGGCUUAGCAGUCAACUUUUUACCUCUGGUCAGACGGAUGUCGUCUGUGCAGAUUUCUUCAAAUAUAAAGCAGUGGAAAAGUACGAUCUGAUAUAUGAUUAUACGUUCCUCUGCGCUAUUCCACCGGAGCUUCGUCAGUCUUGGUCCGCUCAGUUAUUCAAGUUAUCCUCUUCAAAUGCGACCUUGAUCACACUCAUGUAUCCUCUUCCGCCAACAAAUAACGAUCCUCCACCUUGGCCUUUGUCUACAGAGAUCUAUCACCAUCUGCUAGAUGAGAGCUGGGAUCUGAUCUGGAGUAGAGAUGUGCCUCCUGAAGAAAUGAGGAAAGGUGGUGCAAAAGGGAAUCAGAAGAUAGCUGUUUGGCGAAAGAAGUGA